AUGGCGUGGCGUGCGUGCGGCCGGCGUAUGGUCGGCGCUUGGACAGUGCGUCGCUCUGGAAGCGAUCCGAUGCCCGGCGCAAUCUCUCCCUUUCUCUCGGUCUUAUCGCUCUCUCUCUCCGUCCUUCGGCUGCUCGUUCCUCUUCUUCUUGCAAGGUUAAGGUUACGUCAGACGUGUUAUGUUAUAACCGUUGGGGCGCACUCCGGCAAGUUCAGUGUCUCGUGGAGAGUGGCCGCGACACUAAGCUCGCGACAGCACUGCGCGCGCGUCAUCGGUAGGACUGUGCGCACGGCCAGUGAUAUACGACCAGUGAAGUUCAUGAACUGGGUGUUGAAAUUUGUU